AUGUCGCUCCUCAAUCUACCCAACGAAAUAUUUGAUAAAGUCAUAUCGCUUGUUUUGCCAGAAGGAUUUGAGAGUCUGGCUUUGACCUGCCAAGAAACUCACGCAUUAUGCACACCUUUCCUCGAAUGUCACAAUCAGCUUCGGUCACAAUUCCAUAGACUAGCAUUAGGACCAUCGUCAUCAAUCAAAACAUUGCUGGAUCUCAUCCUACGAAUUGAUAGCGAGCCUAUAAUUGCCCGUUAUAUUAUACACGCAGACUUUGGCAUUGACAGAUAUCAUUCUUAUAUUCAGGAUUUUUACCGUAGGCAUCAUGGACCUCUGAAAAAGCUACUCGCUGAUUCUCCAUAUUUGAAGAAAGCAGGACUGGACUGGAAAGAAUAUCAUGAUUUAAUCAAAGCGGACCUGAGAAGGAAUCGGCACUCGAGGAACUAUUCACAACAUAUCACUGCUUUUGUCUUGACACUGUUACCAAACGUCAAGACUCUCGUGCUAUCUCCUUGGCAGCCGCUCGAGGCCCCCAAAAGGCUUCUUGAAGCUAUCGUUGCCGAAAGCAAGCUGUCGACGUUCCCAUUUGAAGAUCCUAGUCUCGCUCAACUUACCAAGAUCAAGAUAUCAACCUACACUAGACUCAAAUUUGACUGGUGGAAAGACUUUCCGUUGUUAGCACUGCCAAAUUUGCGGUCAUAUCGGGGCCCCAACUUCGUAGCAAGAGGUGACUUAUCAAUUGCAUACCCUUCCAAACCAAUAUCGGAUUUUCGUUGUGGUCAGAAACUCGAAACAGUCUAUCUUAAAAACUGCUGUAUCAAUGACGUAGCCAUUGCCAAUCUCCUCAAACAUGCCCCACAUCUUAGGAGCUUUAAAUAUACCCAUUCGCCUGAGAAGGAAAGUGAUAGUGAGGUCUGGAAUAUUUUCAAAUUCAUCGCAGCAAUCGAGGGCGAGGCAGGAAGUUAUCUCGAGGAACUUUCCAUCAAAAUUUGCGCCUCAACGUCCACUGAGGACACCUCUCUGAAAGACAGACCAAUAGUUUCGAUCGCCCCUAACGAAGUGUUCAUGCGUGGCUUCAAGUGUCUCCGAAAGCUUGAAUUACCAUUGGAAAUUGCGAUCUGUGAUCAUGCCAAUACCGCAUUUCGAGCUACAAAUUCAACUUGCAUUUUAGCGAAUCAAGGACCCAGAAACUUCGAAAUAUUCAUCAAUGAGCUUUUACCUGCUUCUGUUUCCUAUCUAUCGCUAUUAUCAGGCGGAAUAGAUGCGGGCGCAAGAAGUGAUAUCAUGAAGGCCAUUGGAAAUCAUUUUGUUACAGAGCAGUCUCGGUUCCCCUCCACCAAGGAAAUUCAACUUUUAUUGCCAGGGGAUAAUAGUGCAAUCUAUUUGUACAAAGAAAAUCAUUCAGAGGCUGCUGGAGAGGUCGAGAAGGUAGACGUCAUUUCAAACUCUGCAUCAUGUGGUUUUUCUCUCGUCUACUUUCUCUAG